UGCAGCAUCCGCUCACUGUUUUGAAUACACUCACAGAUGCAUUGUGUGACUGUGUGCUAAAUUAUGAUGUUUGGAUAUUUCAGCGUUUCACUUGAUUGUUUAUGUCUGAAUUUGUGAAUAUAUCUGGUCCCUAAAUGUAAUGCGACACAUUGCACUCGACUUUAUUGCAUAUCCACGCACACAUGCAACCAAACGCCAAAAUCCCUGACUGAUUUUGAGUAGUGAUAAUGUUAAUUGUGUGCUUUAUUUAUAUAGUUUGCUUUCUCUGUGUUGACACAUAAUCAAUAACCAGUUUUGCCUGUUCAAAAGAGCCCUCACCUACUGAUGCCCCUCGGAUCUUUUCACUGCAUUGCUGCGUCCCCCCUUGUUUCUCGCCAGACAGGGCAAAGCUAUGUCAGCACUCUGUUGGGGGCUAGUGUUUUGUUUCAGUCCCGGGAGAAAGGAGUGAAUGCAAUUGCCUCUUUACUUUGUCUCUCGUUGUAAAAAUCAACUACAUUUUCCCACUGCGUGAGAGUGAGGCCUGGCCAGGGUCAGCUAUAGCACAGUAAUGGAAAAACAUGCUCAUCAUGAGCUGUCCCAGUCAUCUCACCUGCUCUGACACUCCAUCAUUACAUCUACUGAUCUGUCAGCAUGGCUAACACAGACUCUGUCGGUCUCCGAGUCUUCUCUCUGAACUGCUGGGGGAUCCGCUACCUCAGCAAACACUGUCCUCAGCGCUAUGCUAUGAUUGGAGAUUUGUUGUGCAAGGAACAGCAUGAUAUUGUCUUACUGCAAGAGGUUUGGAGUGAGAAAGACUUUCUCUCCUUGAAGCAGAAGCUUGCCUCGACUCAUCCUCACUCUCAUUACUUCAAAAGUGGAGUCAUUGGCAGUGGACUGGCUAUUUACACCAAAUACAGAAUCCAUGACACAUUUCUUUAUCGCUACUCACUGAAUGGGUAUCCCUACAUGGCUCACCAUGGAGACUGGUUCGGAGGUAAAGCUGUUGGUUUGGCCAUCUUAAACAUUGGCAGCCUGACUGCAAACAUCUAUGUUACUCAUCUGCAUGCAGAGUACUGCAGAGACAAGGAUUCUUAUCUACCUCACAGAGUGGUUCAGGCGUGGGAGCUGCAGCAGUUCAUCCGCCACACCUCUGCUGGAGCAGAUUUGGUCAUUUUAGGUGGCGACCUCAACAUGCACCCUCAGGACCUCGGUAACAGACUACUGAGGACUUCCACUGGACUCCGAGACUCUUAUUCAGAGACCGCUAAAUUUGAUGGAUGUGAGAAUGGUAUGACUCUAAUAGCUGACAACCCUUUUAUCAGUCAAAAGGAGCUCAGUCCCUUCAAGAAGGGAAUUCGAAUCGACUACAUCCUCUUCAAGGGUUCUUCCAAAGCAGACAUUUAUUGUGAUUUCAUGUCAACCACCAAAGGCUCCGUCCCUGACCAUCCAUUCCCGUACUCCGACCAUGAAGCGCUGACAGCUGAACUCAGGCUCGAGACACGCACUCGAACUGAGGCCGAAAAUGACAGGAAAGCGAUUAGUCAGGACGCUGCUGCAGAGAAGUUGGCCGAGCUGGUCGACAUUGUGACAGAGGCCCGUACUGAAGUCAAAGUGGGUUUGCACUGUGCUGAGAGGAUGCGCUACACAGCGACACGUACCGGAGUGAUGGGCCUGGCCCUGCUGUUUCUGGAGCUGGCCAUCGCUGCCGUCCCCUGGUUGGCCUUGGGAGCAGAGCAACCGUUCCCUCGCACCUCCUUUUACAUGCUGGCUGCAUUGUGCGUCGCCAUCCUGGUGACCACCUUUCUGCUGUACAUCUUCUAUACCAUGGAGCUGAAGUCCCUUCAGGGGGCUGAAGACCAGAUGAGGCUGGCUGUAGGAAGUCUGCAAGAGAGGCUUAGGGGCUUUCCUUUAGCUCAGCCCCACAGCUCCCAGCGGAGGCCUCCAGAGGGUCUCGAGCCUACUGCCUUUGACCCAGAGGAGUAAUGCAGGAGCCAACUGGGUCAAAGUGGGCUCUCUGAGAAAAGCCUUUGAAGUAAGCUUUAAGACGGAUGUUUGAAAGAGUUUUAUCCUCUGAAUGUGUUUUACGCUCUUGAGAUUUAAGAUUUGUACUGCAGAAUGAUGAAGGACGAUUCUGAAUGUAGUGCAGGACACGCGUGGAAAUUUUAUACUUUUUAUAUAAUCGUCUUUAGCCUUUUUUUACCCCUAAAAUUUCCCUCUAUGCACUUCAGCAAACAUACUUCCUAUCACAUAGUGUGAUACAUCUGUGCUACUGCUGUUCUUAAAGGUCAGAAAUAUGACCAUUUGUGUUCUGUAAGCCUCAGGUCCGACUUGCAUUCCACCCAGUAGUUCCAAGCGGGACCAGUUGUUUGUGUUUCUAUUUCCACGCUUACAUUUUGUGAUCCAGAGAAUCCACUACACAAUCAUAGUAGCCUAGCAAUCAUCUACAGCAAAUUAGUCUGGAACCUAGUGGUCCAUUUUUUAAUUUCCAAGUCACGCUAUCAGCAGGGGAAGACGGCAACUGGGUAGAGAUGCAACCAAUCAGACGCGCAACGAAACGUGCGACAUAGUCCUGAGCGAUGUUAAACAGAUUAUAAGCUGUGAUGGUGUGGCAUUGAUGUGUCUUUGAAUAUAACUCCAUACUUACAGAUAUUGCCGUUUAAAUGUUUAAAAAGCAGUAAAUCACCUCUAUCAGCAGCUCCGACACAGACUGCAAAGGCUGCUUUCCUCGAGGGAAACUGCGCCUGCCAAAGUCAGUCGUCGAUUAAAAGUGCUCGUUUUUGCCACUGACAGAAUCAGAUUGUUAGUAGAGAAAGACCUUAUUGUUAAAGAGUGAGACAAUUUUUAUUCAACCAAAAUCAGCUGCUUUGUUGUAAGUCCUCUAAGCUGCUAGACUCCUACAAUAAAAACACUUAUUUUACCUUAGAGAUCACUGUAAAGCACACUCCAUUCAAACCUGGCAGAAACAGAAGAAGUCAUACAAAUGUUAAGUGCUGUCACGAAACUGUAAUUUCUAACGUUGAUACAAUACCUUGAAAAAUGUAUCAUGUUCAAUACCACAGGGAAACAUUGAGGGCAUAUAAUGUGACUUUUUUAUUAAAAGAUGAAUAUAAUAAGGCUUGUUCAGUGUACUUUAAGCACAGCAGCAACAAUGUUAAUUUAUUGGACCCGCAGCUGGUACGGGUGUAUCAGUCCUGCCUAAAACAAAUCUUGAAACUGUUUCAAUAUUCAGAAUCAGUAUGUAUCGAUAUAUAUAUCAGUAUCUCUGACAACACUGCUGCAAGUUCAACAGUCACAAAACCCUUAAUCCACCACAUUAGAUGUGAAAACAUUUAGGCUCUCCCUACCUCCCACAGCCAUCACGGUUGUUUCAAUCAGACCCGUCCAAUAUCAGAUAAACAGUUAUGAUUGGCCCGACAUGGACCAGUGCAGUUGGAAAUCUGAACGGGAGGGGGUACCGGACGCAUCUGCCAGAUCAUCAUGAGCUUGCAGAUUUGCCUGGUUGGCAGGCUACAACCAUAAUGGGUGUAGACUAUGUGGGGCUUACUUAGAGAAGUAGCCCUGUGAUCUCCGCUGCACUGACGAUACAGACACUCCGACGGUUGUGCAGGUUUACAUAUUGGUCUGUAACAUGUUUUCUCUCUGCCGGACAGAUUGCUGAGAGCUUCCAGUAGCCCUUAAAGAUCCUCACGCACCAGUUAAGACUUUUCAGUGUAUUAUACUGUAUGAAAAGGGACACGCUCUAUCUGCAUGUUUGCAGUGUAUCAUGUUCACUCUCUUGCACUUCUUUUAAGUAUCUUUUAUGUUUGAGAAAAAAAAAAAAAACACUCCUGUUUCCAAAAGCAUAGCAGUGGGAAUGCGCUGCAGAUAUUGUGUCAUAUAUGCUCUUAAUUUUGACCUAAUGUUUUUGACAUGUUUUACAAAACAUCAUGUGCUGUAGAGAAUUUAAAAUGCUUAAUAUAUUAGUGUGCAGUGCACUACCUUGACUAACCAGAUAAACCACCUUCUUUAAUGUAAGCUAGGAAAUCACUUAAGUGUUCCAGCAAUGCCUAGCAAGGAGCAAUCAUUUUUAAAAUGUAUAAACUUUCACCAAAAUGUUGGAAAAAGCACCUGGUAGUUCCUAGUUUUAUGAAGGUCAUAGAUUUUAGUAUAAUACCUGAUGUUCAUUCCAAUUGAAAGUUGUAAUGGGCAUGAAACUAUGAAAGCAAUAAUAAAAAAUGAUAAUAAUAAAGAUUCUCACACUUCC